GCUGACGGCGGUCACGCCCCCUCCCCGGCGGCCGGGCCGGGCCCGCCCCCUGGCUCGCCGCGCGCUGCCGGGAUGGCGCCGCCGCCGUGGCGCCGGUUGGUGCUGCUGCCGCUCGGGUGCUUCGCGCUGCUCCUGUCACCGCCGCCCGCCGCCGCCGCCUUCAGCCCCUCCCUGGACAGCGACUUCACCUUCACGCUUCCCGCCGGCCGCAAGGAGUGCUUCUACCAGCCCAUGCGCAAAGAGGCCUCGCUGGAGCUGGAGUACCAGGUUCUAGAUGGAGCAGGACUAGAUGUUGAUUUUCAUCUACUGUCUCCAAAAGGUGAAACUCUAGUUUUUGAUGAAAGAAAAUCAGAUGGAGUACACACGGUAGAAACAGAAGAUGGGGAUUACAUGUUCUGUUUCGACAACACAUUCAGUACCAUUUCGGAAAAGGUGAUUUUCUUUGAACUGAUCCUGGAUAAUAUGGGAGAAGAUGGACAAGAUCAGGAAGACUGGAAGAAAUAUAUUACAGGCACAGAUCUCCUAGAUAUGAAAUUGGAAGACAUUCUGGAAUCCAUCAACAGUGUCAAAUCCAGAUUAAGCAAAAGUGUCCAGAUUCAGACCCUGCUGAGAGCAUUUGAGGCUCGUGACCGCAAUAUACAAGAAAGCAACUUCGACAGAGUGAACUUCUGGUCCAUGGUCAACUUGGGAGUAAUGGUGGUGGUAUCCGCUGUUCAGGUUUACAUGCUGAAAAGUCUCUUUGAAGAUAAGAGGAAAAGUAGAACUUAAUACUCAGUAUGAUCAUACCAACAUAACAGAUAUGAGGGGAGAGAAGGAGCAAUAAACUUCUACAGUAAAGAUUAAAAAAAGGAAAACACGACCUUAUAGAUUAUUUUGAACAGGCAGUAGACAUCAGGCUUUCAAUUCAUGUUGGGCUUUUUGAUUGUUUUGUGGUGGUUGUCUUGUCUAUUUGUUUUUUUAACACAAACAGAAUGGCUUGCCCCAAGGUCUUCCAUUUUUGCAAAUGCUACUAACAAUAUUUUUUUUUUUUUUGUACUUGUAGCAUUUGUUAAUGACUAACAUGCAUAGGGCACGGGAUGCUUGGUGCAUAUGCAAAGUAAUGUUGAUAGUGUAAUAUUUUUCAUAUUCAUAUAAAAUUUAAGUGGUAACUUCAACAUUGGUUUAGUUCCUGUUAAACAUUGAGUGAAUUUACAUGUGCCUAAGUGUUUACAGGAUUGAGGCCCACUGGGGUAGUUUGUAGUUACUGUCACUUAUUUUCAAAGUUACAUGUUUUUAAAAAUCCUCAGUUUUUGUUGCAUAGCAUCACAGAGAAACACUGAGCUAACAUUGUAAGAACAAAAUGAGAACUCUUUAUAUACAGAUGACUAACAUCAACACUUUAAAAAGAUACCAUCAAUAUGAAAUUGAGUCAGUGUUGAAAAGAAUUGGAGAAAUAAGUGCAAUUCCUGUUUGUAUAUCUUUGUCCUGUAGUUGUACAACCCCCUUUUCCUUUUUGGCUGUUACAUGAGAUUCAAGAGACGAGUGACUAUAUGGUAUACAAACAAAUGCACGCACCCCUUGAAAUAUGGUUUGCAAACUCUUGGUUAUUGUAACCUCAUGUAAUAGAUAAUUUUCAGUAAGUCAUUUCUCUCAUUCUUUCCCCUCUAAUAAAGGGGGGUCUGUCACAGUAUGUGAAAAUGUUACAUUAAUUUUUGUUGUCUCACAAUCCCUCAUUUGUCCAUUUAUUUCUUACUUGCCCAUUUAGUUUUUGUCAACAUCUAGGAAUAGUGUAGCUGUAAACAGGGUGACUUACAUAGGCAUGAAAAACCAAAGCUGUUAACCUAAACUUUCCCUUCUUGCUUACCCUCACACGUCUUUUAGAUGUAUAAGUACGCUCAGUUCAUAUGAGCAGUGUUUCUAUAUAUAGGUAUUUAUACAAGGCAUGAAUUACAUGAGCCGUAAGUUCAGGCUUCAAAUUUUAGCAUCAACUGAAUCUGUAAUAUCACUUAACUAAGGCAAAGCUAUCCUUAAAUCAGUAAUUUGUAAUUUCUACAUGAAGUGACUUUUAACAGUGGAGUGAGGGUUUGGAGAAUUUUUGCCAAAACCUCUUCUAUGUGACAAUUACCUUUUUUUAAAUAGUUCAAAGUUAGUCACUUUUACUAUGUGCCAAGUCACUGAAGUUUCCUAUAUAAAUGUGUUAAACUACAUUUUGUCAGAAGUGGUUUUAAAAAACACUUUCUUAAAAAUUACUUAAAAAAAAAAGGGUUGUGCCUGUUGGCUCAUUUGGCUAUGAAAAGCAAAAUUGCAAUUGUGAGACUUUCUGUGUUCAAAAAGUAUUUUAUGGAGAUAAAACAGGGUCAACAAAUUCAUGAAGAAACACUUUGUUCAAAUGAAGCAGAUGCUAGCAAGGGCUACAGUACAUUGAAACAGUACUUCAGCUUCAACUUUAACAAUGGGACCUAGCAAUAAUAUUUCUAAAUAGUUUUUAUAAGCAAAGGUAUUAUUCCUUACAGAACUUCUUAUAAGAGGGCUCCAAAGGCUGUUGACCUACUGUUUCUUUCUGCAAAGCUGUGCCAAGAAUAAGGUUGCUUCCCUUGAGGGUUCUGCAUAUUUUUCCACCUGAUGCUUUCUAUUCUAAACUGACUGGAAUUAGAAAGUUUAUUUCCAUGAUCAGGACAAUGCCUAGAAAAAAUUAACUCUUUCUGCUGGCAUAGCAAAUAUCUUUAUGCCAUUUCCCUGUACAUCUCCCAGUACCAAUAUACUAAAUAUCUCCAUGAGGGCAUAAGCCAAAGCUCAUUGAAGUCAACUUCCAAGGUUUUGAUCAGGUCCCUUCAGGACAGGCAGAUAAGAUUUAGGGCUCUGCCCCUUUUGCUAGAAGAGCAGAAUCAUCUUCCCUUACAUUACUAUGAGUGUGAUGCUACAAACCAUAUUCAAAACGCUGAACCAGCUCUGUGAAGCUGUGACCAUGACAUCUACCUCUUAAAUCAAAGCUACUAGAUUCUAGAUUUCAGCUCAGACCAACACGAAUUCAGUCAAUUUUUCCAAGGGCACCUUGGGGGAUUACAUUCCCCAGCUGCUCUGCUGUGCCUCUCUGACAGUGGUUAUACAUCCAGUGGCAAAACAAUAUGGUGUAUUAGUUUAAGCCUCUAAUGAAUGCAGAGUUCUCUGAUCAAGACAGAAGACUGAACUGCAGCAGUUUCUCCGAUUACAAAUAGCAGUCUCUGUUAGAAGAAAAAUAAUGCAACAAUUGUCAGCAGAGUUCAUGUGGAAGAAAUUACUAUUUUGCAACGAAGAGCUCUGACUACUUUCUCCCCAUUCAAGGUUCAUUACAGAAAACAAUACAGGGAAUAAUUGUGAACUUAACUGUGCUUUGACUGUGGCAGCUGGAAUAUAUUUAUCAUAGGUGAAGGAUCUGGCAUUUAAACUUGCAGCUAAAUAACGUUUCAUUGGGAUUUUGACAAGUAGAUUGCUUUUGAUUGUAUAAAAUUUACGAAGGAGAAUAUAACUAAAUUUUUUUCUUAAUGGAUUUUUUUAUUCAGAAUUACAUGUUUUAAGACUUCAAGAUGUUGAAUAAAAUUAUGCAAAACUGA